AUGAAGGGUGCCCUAGCAAUAGCGGAAGCCGCUGCUGAGUCAGCAGCUGCUACGCCAUCAGAGCAGCAAGGCCUCGUAGAGGUGCAGGUAGGCCCGCGGUUGUUUUACGCCACACGGAAGACCCUUUCCAAGUCCCCUGUGCUAAGGCGCAUGAUAAGAGGACAGGAAGCGAAAGCUACACGUACACCUGAGGGCGUGGGAAAUAAUCCUACCUCUGGGGCACCUCGUUUGCUCCUAGACUGCGAGCCUGAAGUUUUCUCCGUCGUCUUGAGUUACUUGAGAACGGGAGAGAUUGAUGGAUCGGUUCUUUGCGGAGGACGGAAACCUCCGGGUGAGAGCUGUUGUGGCGGGGUGUAUGAGCAUACCCUCAGGCAGGAGUUCAGACUGCUACAGCUGCCCUGGCCGCGUCGCUGCAUGCGCUGCGUCUACCUUUACAACCCUCAACUGUAUCAGCAGCUCCCUGGUGGAUCGGGAGGCUCUUUCUUGAAUGAAGAGGCAGUCAUUAAUCCCGAAGAGAUGCCAGCCUGCUUCAUACAUCCAGGGAGACUGCAGCGCGCAACAGACACCGGUCCCCCCAUAUACACAUGCUGCGCUAGAGAAGAGGGAGAGAUUGGCUGCAAGGCCGCACGCCACAUAAGCACGCAUGACAUGGGGUGCCCUUGUGAAGCGGGUAAACAAACGUGGGGGACCCCUAAUUCUCCGGAUCAGGAGCAACAACGGGGGCUUGGGCAGUCCCUCAUUUCACAGAAGCCGCAGCAGAAGCCACAGCAGCAACAAGCUGCCCCCCAGCCCUCGCAUCGCGAACCUUUUAGUGGGACGUCUGACUCUGCCACCUUUCUGGAGAGCAGCAGAGCACCGGCAGGAGAAACAGCAGCCAGCAGCCCGACACCCAGUGCAGCGAGCUGCCCUGCGGAACUGGGCAGACAAGGAUAUGUGGCAGCAGCAACAGCUACAUCCCCGCUGGCUCUUCCCCUCGCUGGCGCUGAUGUUGCUGCUGCCGGAGGUGGCGGAGGCGCAGAAGAAGUGAACUGGCAGAAGCACACGCAACAGCAACAACAAGAGUUGAGCUGGCUGGGCCGUUCCUGCCCAGUGUUGCCUUACGGGGCACAUCCUGUGCCUGCGGCAGCAGAGCCGGGAGGCCAUCAACUCUACUCGUGCUACCCGUAUGCUGCCGCUCCCUGCCAGACAUCACCGGGAGAUGAAGAUGAGCAACAGCAGCAGCAGACACCUGUCCCUCUUCCGUAUGCUGUUGCCGUCCCGCACCAAUACUUGAUUGACAGGUCUGUUCCAGGGUACAAUGCAGGGGGGCCCCCCCUCCCGGGGGCGCAUCCUCUGUGCGCUGAAGAAUUUUGGGCAUGUGAAUACAUGCGGAUGCAGCAGCAGCAGCAGCAGCAGCUACUGAUGUACUGCCCUUUCGUCUGUCCGUACACCUGUGGGAGCUGGGAUCCGUUGCUUCCCCAGGUCGCCAAAACGCAAGGCGGGGGCACACCUUCAGGGGCUCCGGGGGGGCCCCCAGGCGCUUCAGGGGCCUUGCUGUGUUCUGCGGGGGAGGCUUCUGCACACCUGGAGUCUCCAGGGUAUCUUACCAGAGGGGAGGGCCCCACAGGGGAGCAGGAGCCUGUGGGGGCGACGCUUGUGGGAACGCUUGCUAGGCCGCAGCCAUCGGGGAACCCUCGACAGCAGUGCCGGUGGAAACGAUGCCCAAGGGAGGCAGAACACCCUGAUGGGGCCCUUCCGUGUGCAGGCGCUCGCAGCGGGGGCCCCUCAGUGUGUCACGCCGGCAGCGGGGAUAUCGAAGAUGUACGGGAGCUGCCUGGGAUACACCCCACUCUCAAAGAGGGGAGCGGGGGGACGCCCCUUAGCCGGCGGGCCUGCUGCGAGCGGCGAGGAGGAGGAGCGCGAGGGGCCCUAGGACCAACUUCAAAAAGCAUUGUUGCAGCAGCAGUAGCUUUGCAGGGAGGGAGCAGAACAGGCGUGCGAGAGAACCCCACCGAGGCACCUCAGGAAAGAGAAGAUGCCUUAGCCACCGUGGGAGAGUCCAGCAACGCCAACGCGGGGGGCCCCAACACGGAAAGGCAGCCACAGCCGCAGCAACAAGAGCAGCCGGGAUUGCAAGAAGAGCAUCUCGAGGAGCUGAAGCGACAAAGCGAGGAGCAACAAGAGGAGCAGCGGGAGGGAGACCAGCAGCAGAAGCAACAGGAUAUGCAACAAUACGAGUUGAUGCAACAGCACAGCUGCUCAAAACCCCGAGCGCAAGCUCGGGUUACUGGGGCGCAGGGCCCCCAAGGCUCGCAGGCCCCCAACCCUUUGUUCAAAACAAGGAUGUGCCAGUUGUACAAGAAUGGAUUGUGCCGGCUGGCGUCUCGCCGUUGCAAAUUUGCGCAUGCGCUGCGGGAGUUGCGUUCGACUUCCGAUUUCUACAAGACGGGGCUAUGUGCCUUUUGGGCUGCAGGGUUCUGCAGGGCUGGGACGCAGUGCAGACAUGCACACGGGGAGGAAGAGAUGAGGGGCAAAGGAAUACGAUGUGCUGUGGAGGCUGGUGUGGUGCGCGCAGUUGAAUGCCAAGCAAAGGCAUCUCCUGGCUGUGACGGCUCAGCUUGCUGCAGUGCAUCCCCACCGCAGGAACAAGAGCCCUCCAGCUGCUUUCCCCCGGCGUCCGGAGUGCUGCCAAUUCCAGCGCAGGCACAGCAGCCAGAAGUGCAGCAGGUGGAAGCAGAAAGUGACUGA